AAACAGUCGACAACUCGAUUGCACACGGUCUACAAGAAUAUAAAAAAAUUAGAAAGCAACUAUCAAACAAUAUCAAUUUAAGAACAAAACUUUAAACUUGCGGGCACAAGUAAUAUAUAUAAAUUUAUAUAUAUAUAUAGAGAUAUUUUUUUUUUGUUUUGAAUAUGUGGCAAGUGCUGUUUGCCUCGCUAAUGCUGCACGCUUGCGUAGCGGCUGCCCCUAGCCUACAGCCAAUACAAUUAGCCGCCGUACAGGAGACGCUGCAACGUGCCAGCGAUUUGGAUACAUCAGCUAUAACGUCGGUAACGGAUGAAGAACGGUUUUGUACGCUAAAUCCCACAGUAGAGCUCAUAGAGUUGAAAAAAGUAAAACAUGCCAAGGGAAAUAUGGUUUUUAGUGCAAAUGAUCGCAUACAAGGGGAUAAACUUUUGGUGAAUAACUAUGACGAUGAAAGCUUUACCACUGCCGUGGAUAUUGAAGUGCAGCUCAAAUAUACCUCAGCCAGUGGCAACACUUUGACCAGCAUUGAAAUCUAUGUGGAUGCCUCUGCUGGCGAUGCAAACGCAUAUUUGGUUGGUGGCGGCAUUGGCAAGAACACAGCGCAUAUUCUAUUGGCUUGCAAUCAAACACGCACCUUUAGCUAUGAGGCUUACUUCUAUGGUUACUAAUUGUGCACAAUUAGUAUUUAUAAUAAACAACAUGCAACACAUACAACACAUUUACCUUGCAACUGAACUGUGAUCAACCCAUACAUGCCACAUGCGCCUCCUGAGCCGUCAAGUAUUAUAGCGCUAGUACAAUUAAAUUUUUGUUUUCUUUUUUAAAACCAAAACAAAAGCAAAAAAAGAAUCUUGAUUUGAAAUCAA